CUAAAAAUCUAAUGUCAAAACUCAAAAUACACAAAAUUCGAAAACUGUCAAUUUUAGUAAUCCCUACUUUAAAGUAACUUAUGCUUGUUGUUUAAUUAACGUAUAGAUGUUGGCCUAAUCAAUUUCUUUAUUUUUCAAGACAUUAUCAUCAUAUUAUUUGAUGCUUUAUAGAUAGAAUAUGGCUGACGGAGGCAACAUUCCUGUUGAAGAGUUGAUUGAGGAAGGAAAAAAUAAAAGAGCGGUAUUUUGUGUACGAUGUCCAUCAAAGAUUUUGUGUGUAGGAGUUGGGCAGUAUAAAGAAAUUGAGUACUCAUUACCAAAUAUCGUGUCCAAGAAGGUUUUACAAGAAGGAGAAACCGAUGAAGAAGUACUUAAGGAAUAUUGGCAAAUUGAUAAUAUGUACAAUUUUGAAAAUAUCGGUUACACAAACACAGUAGACGGAAAAAAGUUCCUGAUCUGUGCGGACUGUGAAUUGGGACCGUUAGGUUGGCAAGACCUGGAGACCAAAUCUAGCUAUCUGGCUGUGAGACGAGUCAAGUAUGAAGGCACCGAGUGACUUCUGGGGUGCUGAUAUAAGGAGACUCACCAUUCACCACACUAUUUUCAAACACUAAUUUAGAGGUCAAGGUUAUUCCUAGAUUUUUUCUGGGUGCAAAGCUUUUUUCUCACGACUGAAUAUAGUAGAUCAGAUGUCUUUAUUUUCUGCUAAAUAAGUGGAUGUGUGUCUUUAAUGUUACCUUAACCUUUUUUAUACAUUUUACAUCUGUCUAUUUAUAAAAUAUUAUAUUAUUAGAAACACAGUUUUGAACAGAAAAUUGUAAUAAAAAUACCAAACAUAA